AGGGGAAAGCUGUGCUGUUCGAAAAUUUCGACACUCCCUGUGACUCAGAUGUCAGAAACAUACCCUCGGUUUGCAAUUCUACACAAUGGAAAGUGUUCUUUUCUGGCUGAGCUGAAUGUUUGCAAUGUGCUGCGGAUAGCGUAACCUGCUGGGAGUUAAUACCAACAGAUGAAGGUGCACCAUGAAUUGGGCAAUCUUUCAAGGUCUUCUCAGUGGCGUGAGCAAUUAUUCUACUGCCUUUGGCCGCAUAUGGCUUUCUAUUGUAUUCAUUUUCAGGCUUAUGGUCUAUGUGGUUGCAGCAGAAAGGGUUUGGGGUGAUGAACAGGGAGAGUUCGACUGCAACACUAAACAACCAGGAUGUACCAAUGUCUGCUAUGAUUAUUAUUUCCCUGUCUCGCAUAUACGACUUUGGGCUCUCCAGCUUAUCCUGGUCACCUGUCCAUCCCUUCUUGUCAUAAUGCAUGUUGCUUACCGAGAGGACCGGGAGAGAAAACACAUAGAGAAACUGGGAGAAAAUAGUGGCCGACUUUAUUUAGACACAGGAAAAAAGAGAGGAGGCCUGUGGUGGACAUAUCUAUUAAGCCUUCUAGCUAAAGCAGCAGUGGAUUCAGUUUUCCUCUAUGUCUUUCAUCGGAUCUACCAAAACUAUUCUCUCCCCAAUCUGGUUAAAUGCUCCAUACAGCCAUGUCCAAACAUUGUGGACUGUUUUAUAUCAAGACCCACAGAAAAAAACAUAUUUACUCUAUUCAUGGUUGCCACUACAAUACUCUGCAUUUUCUUAAAUCUUUGUGAGAUGGUGUAUCUGAUUGGCAAAAGGUGUCGAGAGUGCCUGGGACACAGUAACAAGAAAUCCAGAACUCACAACAAUGUCUUUGCAUACAUUGAGACGCAAGAGAUUUUCCAUGCCAACAACAAGAUGAAUGAAAAAAUGUCUCAAUUACAUCCAUGCAUUCGUUUGACAACACCAGCAGAGACUGAAUUAAAAUAAUGGAAGGAUGUGUUCCAGCAUUGCUUUCGCUGGUUUGAAGUUAAAUAAUCAGAGAAGCAAAGGAUUUUUCUUUGUUUUUAUUGUAAGAGCUGUUUAAAGAACAAAUGGAAUAUGGCUUUACUUCAAAAUGAGAGCGUAUAGAAUAUACAAAUAAUAAUAGGGCAAAACCUGGGAUAGCACAGAAUAUAAUUGUACAGUAUGUGUUCCCAAUGUAACAAGAUUAGAAAUUUUUCAAAAGAAAGACAAUCUGAGUGGAAAUAAGCCUCCUUCUGUAAGAUACAUGAGAAGAAUCCAUGCAGAAAUGUGUACAUUAUCUAUGUAGCUGGAUAGGCACUUUAUCUGAGAUAUUUAAAGGGAUACUGUCUUGGGAAAAAAAAGAUUUCAAAAUGAAUCAGUUAAUAGUGCUACUCCAGCAGA